UGGAAACCAGAGAGGAAUAAAGUGGAAAGACCAGUUUCUCUCAGACAAAGGGAAGGGAGGGAGUGUCCACCUGUCGAUAACUGACAGCCACAUUCAGCUCUGGUAGGUCAGGAUAAUGAAGAGAGAUAGAAAGACAGAUAGAAAGAGUGGGAAAGGGUCCUGCAUGUAGCUCAUGUUCAUCAAUGAGCUUUGAUCACCGUACCUCUUAUCUUUGGACUGGCCCAAAAGCCAAAUCAGCAGGGAAAGUUCAAAACAAAAGAAGUCAGCCUACAGAUAGAUGGAGAAUAGGUGAAAUGGGUGGGACUAGGUCACUGCUGAGGGUGUGACUAAGACAAACAAGAGGAGCCACUGCGUUCAGGAAACUAAACAAAAAAAGAACCUCAAUAAGUACACAAACAACGGCACCUAAAGAGUGCGAGUUAACUUUGCUCAGUGAUUGCAGGUGCUAGGUAGAACGGCGGAAGGCUUUUGGCGAUAACCAGAACCUGCUGCUGCUGCUCUGUGUGUGUAUGAAGCAGGGUAGCUAUGGCACCUCCAGGGUAAGACCUCAGGAGAGAAGGGUCUCAUCAACACCUCCAUCUGAAGAAACUGGGAUUAUUUUAAGGACGAAAGGAUUAUAGAAGUUGGCUAUACUGACAGUCAGGAUGUCCGACUCCCUGUGUCAGACGGGGGACACCCUCUGCUAUGUCCGUGUGUACGAGCAGGAGGUGAUUGUGGUGCCCGUGUUGCUGUUGGCAUCGUUUCUGGGCACCCUGAUUCUCCUGCUUCUGCUGCGUUUCUGCCCAGAGAGAGUGGACCGUCUGCGGGCCAAAACAGGCAGCAAAGGCCAGCGCACCCCGCGCUCCAGGAGAAACCUACAGGGCAUCGAUGCCCCUCCAGGCAUCAACCCUCUGGAGCACGAGAGCAUCGCUCUGGACCUUCCGUCCUACUCCACCUUCACGCCUCCCCAGUCCUCCAGUGGCGUGUCCAGCAACUACUCCAGCGGUCGCGGCUCCUUCAGCGCAGACAACGACACCUUCAAGGGCGCCUUCGCCGUCAGCCGCUCGCUCAGCUCUGCCUCCGCUGCCACCGUCGCCAUGGGCGGUGUCGCCAAGGAGCCACGCCAGCGCCUGCCCGAGAAGUUCAAGCUGGUCACUCCGCUGCCCUCCUCCUACUCGCUCAAGUCCGAUCGAGCAGUGUCAUUGUACCGCGCCCGGAUGGACAACAGGAACGUGGUUCUGAGAGUGCUAAAAGACUCGGCCAAUGCCAGUGAGUCUCAGUCGUUCCUGGGCUUUGCCUCCUUCCUGUCCCAGCUGGGGCCCCAUCCCUUCCUGCCAGAGCUGCUGGGUGUGGUGUCCCUGCGAGCGCCGCUCAUCACUGUCAUUGAGGAGAUGGAGAACAGGGACAUGCUGGGCUUCCUGUGGAGGUGCAGGCAGGAGAAUGUGGGCAUGGAUGCGAUCUGUGAGAUGACAGAGAAACGCGUCUUUACCAUGGCCUCCCAUGUAGCAUCUGCCCUGGAGUAUCUCCACAGCAAAAAUCUUGUGCAUGGCAACAUAAAAGCACGCAGUGUUCUGGUCAGUCGUCAGUUCACAGCCAAGCUGUGGGGUCUUGGUGGUGUCUACGCUAGGGGGGCAGGAGCAACCAAUGUCCAUGAGGACUCCGGCAAGAAGAAGUGGCAGGCCCCAGAGCAAUUGGCUAGAAGGCCUAUCAGUCAAAAAAGUGACGUUUGGUCUUUCGGACUCAUGCUCUAUGAGAUGGCCACACUAGGGGAAGCUCCAUUCGCUGAGUUGCCUGUGACUGAACUACUGCAGUAUCAUCAGCGAGGCAAAACCAUCAAGAAGCCACCCAACUGUUCCAAUGCACUGUAUGCCAUCAUCAAGGCCUGCUGCCAGUGGAAGGAGCAGGAUCGCGUCUCAUUGGCUGAAGUCAGUCGAAAGCUCCAAUCCGGUGAGAAGAGUGCCAAUGACAAGACUGUCUUCCGAGUACCUGAACCAAUCAACAUUGGGCGUUACCUCCAGGAGGCCGGAUAUGGAGACUCUAAUAGCUACACAGUCUUCUGAAGAGCCGGCUGGGGAGCCAUUUCACUGUGAUCUACGAGUUCCAAUCUACUAAGUCUUCCUUGUUCUGGGCCCUUUACUCACUUUACCUUUCCUGUGCUGAAUCACAGAUCAAUCAGCCCGUCUCCUUGAGCCAUCCUACACUAGAAUCAUUUUUCUUUUUACUUUCCUUUGCCUCUCUUCUAUAUUGUGCUGUGGACUGAAAACGACCUAUUUAUGUGAGCCAAGCCAGUGAAUUUACUCUCAGUAUGCACACAUAGUUUACACACAGGAGUACUGUAUGUGUGUGGCCCUGUGGAUUCCUUGUGGUUUACUAUGCGUAGUUGACCCCUUCAGCUAGAGGGGCCACCACACAGAUCCUUGUGUUGUGUUGUAUGGGCUGAGAUCAAAAGCUGUGGAAGUAAUGGAAGCGCUUAAUGGUAGUAGACCAAUUGCUGCAGUACUGUAAAUAUAAGGUUCAUAUUCUCGUGUUUACCAAGUAGUCUCAUAAGAUUAAUAAUAUAUAUACAGAUAAAAUCAAUUUUGUUUAUAAUGUGAGGUUGUUGGUAUUUUACACAUUAUGACUUUUUUGUAGAUUAAUAAUAUGAAAAAGGGGACCAGCUGGCAAUACCAAACCAUUACCAAUACCGGCUACCUGUCCCCACCUUGAUUAUGUUGUCUGAAAGGGAAAACUGACAACAUGGGAACGCACAAAUAAAGCUUGUGACCGAAUCGCUUUAACUUUUUGACACUUAGAACUGGAGAGAACUGCUCUGAAUGACGAUUACCUCUUUUAUUGAGGAAGAUUUGUUGAUUGAUGUUCACAAGGGGCUCCAGGGCGUGGUCUGGUUGGCCUGAUGAGGGAUUUGAGACGUGUAAUGUGAAGUGUUUAUAAUGUGUCCCGCUACAGGUGUCCAAUGAAAAAUAAAUAAAACUGUCAAAGCUGA